ACGGUCAAAUCUCUCCAAUUUGAAUCCCCUCUCAACGGUCGGCUCCGGAGACGAACACAUGGCGGCGGCGGCGGCUGCAGCGGCGGCGGAGGAGCCAGCGGUGGUGCUCGACAAGGAGACGCUGAUGCUGAUGGGGGUCGGCGCGGCGGCGUCGCCGGGCGCCGAGUGGGAGACGUUCAAGGAGAACGUGCGGCCGCUCAAGCGCGGCCGCAACGUGGGCCUCCUCAACCGCGCCCUCAAGGCGCACGCCGACCCCGCCCAGCGCGCCGCCCUCCUCGCCGCCCGGAGGAAAAUGAUAGAAGCAAUCGACGAGUACCGCGGCGAAGACCCGCUCCAGCCAUGGCUAGACUGCAUCAAAUGGGUUCAGGAGUCGUUCCCGACAGGCGGGGAUUGCUCGGGGCUGGUGGUGAUCUACGAGCAGUGCGUUCGUGCCUUCUGGCACGACGGCCGCUACAAGGAUGAUCUCCGCUACCUCAAAGUGUGGCUGGAAUAUGCGGGGAAUUGCGCCGAUUCUGAGGUGAUAUUCAGGUUCCUGGAGGCCAACCAGAUUGGCCAGAGCCAUUCCAUUUACUACUUGUCUUUUGCGUCGGUAAUGGAGUCCAAGAACAAGCUAAAGAUAGCUAACGAGGUUUUUAACCUUGGUAUAGCUAGGAAAGCAAAGCCUGUGGAGAAGUUGGAAACUACGUACAGGGCAUUUCUUCAGAGAUUAUCCAAAAAGAAGGCACAUCAUGAGGAUGAUACAGCUACAGAAGAUCAGCCAGCAAGGAACUUUGGUACUGUCUUGAACCGUGGGGAAAUCAGAGGCCAGCAUGCAGAAAACUCUCACCUUGUGAAACCUAGGGUUACACUGCAAAGAAUUGAUGCCAAUAGGCCACUUGCAGUUUAUAAAGAUGAAAACACGUUACCAAGCCAUGGCCUUACAAGAACCAGGAGCAACAACACAACCUGGCAAACACUUGGAACACAAGCAGACCGGAACAAAGAAAAUAACAUGAGGCCGGCUAAAUGGACGUCACACAAGAUCCCUCAGAAGGUAGGAUCGAUGGUAGCGGUUCAGCCAACUCGCGCCAGCUCCAUUGAGGUCUUCGUAGAUGACGAAUGUGUCAGGGAACCAGCUCCUCAACCUCAAGUGCCAAGGAGUACAAAACCCUCCAUUCUGAAGCUUAGGCAAGCAACAAGCAGAAACCUCAAGCAGGAAACCGAACUGCUUAUGGAGAACCCGCUGCGCAACUUCCCUCUAACUAGCCUUAGAUAAUCAAUAUUUAUAUGGUGCAAUGGUGUAUUUCGAUCUUUCUUUUGCUGAUUUAUUGUUUUGAAUGUUGUGACAUUAUGCCGGAAUAAGCUUUAGCCUCUAAAGCUUAUGCAAGCAGCAGAGCCUUUUUAGGCUUGCCUUGAGUGUUGUAAUCUUGUAUUCUAAUUUGAUUGAUAAAUCCUUGAUGAGGAUAAGAGUGACCUUCAGUAUUAUCGAAAGUUAAUAUAAGAUUCGUAAUUUG